AUGAUGUCUUGGAUAGAAAAUCCGGGUUUGGAAAAUUGGAAAGGACUUAAAUUUUCCGAAUUAAAAGUCGACGAAGCUUUUCUCAACGUAUCCUCGAGUUUGGAAGAAAAGCUAUGGCUUUACACGUUAUCAGAAGACUGCGAAAGGUGUCCUUAUCAGAGACAUUCGAUUAUCAACGCUGGAGAAAAUAUAAUUAAAAUGUCGACGAGGAGAAAUAUGAAAAUGAGAAUAUCGAACGAUGGCGGUGCCGAUUACAUUUCCGUUUCUAAUCAAAGUUCGAGAAUUUGCGGCGACAUAACUCCAGAUUUUGGAGAAUUCGGCGUGUACGAUUUAACAAUAAAUCAAGAAUCAGACGAACAAAUAUCAUGCAAUAUGACAACGGCAAAAGAAUGCGUCAACAUAUACCUUCCAAUGGCAGCCAUUUUGAGCGGUUUGGCAAUUCUCGCAAUCGUAUCCACAUUUCUCACGUAUGCAAUUAAGAAAACCAUCAUGUACUGCAAAGAAAAAAAAACAUCGAAUAAAGUAAAUUGCGAAAUGUCCGAUUAUGGAGGCGAUGAUAGAACGACACAAGCCUCUUCGAAACCUGCAAGACACAGAAUCAAAUCAAUCGAUACAUUCAGAGGCCUCGCCGUUGUUUUGAUGAUUUUCGUUAACGAUGGUGCCGGACAUUAUUGGUUUCUGGAACAUGCCACGUGGAAUGGAAUCCUCGUUGCGGAUUUUGUUUUCCCAUGGUUUUUAUGGGUCAUGGGACUUUGCAUUCCUAUUUCAAUAAGGACUCAAUUGAAGAGAAACGUUUCCAGGUGGAAAAUAUUAGGCCACGUCAUAAAAAGAGGAAUUUUACUCUUUGGUUUGGGUGUUUUAUUAAACACCGUCGGAAUCGGUUCCGAUUUGGAAACCAUUCGAAUUCCAGGAGUUUUACAAAGAUUUUCAAUUGUUUAUUUGAUUAUUGCUAUUUUGGGUGUUUGUUUUACUCCCCGUUCGAUUUCUAACGAAAAUAGGUUUCCCGGUUCCAGUUUUCGUGAAACGUUUCAAGAUAUCAUAAUAAUUUUUCCACAAUGGAUUGUUAUAUUGUCCAUCGUUGCCGCUUAUUGUUAUUUUGUUUUUUUUUCACCUGUUCCCGGAUGUCCCAGCGGAUACCUAGGACCUGGAGGAAUUCAAGAUGGUGGAAGAUUCAAUGAGUGCACGGGAGGAAUGACGGGAUAUGUGGAUAAAGUUUUAUUGGGAGUAGAACACAUAUAUAAAAAUCCGACAUCAUCGAAAGUGUACAAAUCGGGACCGUUUGAUCCCGAAGGACUUUUGGGUGUCAUGCCGUCAAUUUUCCAAGCAUUUUUUGGUGUUCAAGCAGGAGCCACGCUUCUUUAUCAUCCAGAAUGGAAAGCAAAACUCAUUCGUUGGUUUACUUGGGGUAUAUUAAAUGGCAUAUUAGCAUUGCUUCUUUCACUUCCAGGAAUUGUUCCCAUAAAUAAAAAUCUUUGGUCACUUUCCUAUGUGUUCACCACUACAUCAUCAGCAUUUUUAAUACUUUGUGUAAUUUAUUUUUUUCAAGACCAUUUGAGAUUUUGGAAUGGUGUACCAUUUAAAGGUCCUGGCAUGAAUCCGACAAUAUUAUAUGUUGGACACAUAAUCACUUAUAAUUUAUUUCCAUUUAAUUGGAGUUAUGGCAAUAUGAACACUCACUUCAUAUUAACAUUAGAAAAUCUCUGGACUACUUCCCUAUGGAUAAUAAUAGCUUAUUGGUUAGGAUCUGGAAUGACACAAAAUUGUGGUAAAACUCCUACAAUAAAAUAUCUUCUUGCUUGCAUGCAAGCAAAACCACUCGGUUGA